CUCACGGAACUGCGACUUCAACAGAACGGGAUCGGUUCGGAGGGGGGUAAGCUAAUUGCCGGUGCGCUUCAAGACAGCCGCUCAGGUGUGCUUACCCGCCUUAUGCUGCAACAUAAUUUUCUGGGCGAAGAGGUGCUCUCCAUGUUGGACGAGAUCAAGAUUAAGCGCAUCAAAGAGCAGGCGUAGAAGAAAGUACAAGCACGACGCUAGAAAUACAGGAGCAAUGAAUUCCACAAAAUGUGGAAUGCCCAAUGUUUCCAAGAAUGAGAGAUCAAAUGCCUAGUAAACUGAUACCCGAUACUAGUACAACCACCUUUCUUUGUUUGCUUAGAGCUGAGUCCCCAUUUCGCAUGUUAGAUCAAGCACAACUUGAGAGGCUCAUCUCGUAUUGGUUGCACACACAGCACUCUUCCGUAUACAACUUCACUGUAAAAAUGUUCCACUUUUGUGAUGUAGCAGAUAUCAUUCUCAUCUUGUUUUGAUAUAAAAAUUUAAGAGAGUGGUCUCAAUUUUAUGGGACGAUUUUGCCCUUCAUCAUACACAAUGAAUUACGCAUCAUUGUCUACGCUCAAAUCGAUAUGUCAUAUCGCCUACAAGCGAAUGCGCUUGGUCGAUCCCAUUUGUGAACUACUAAAAACUAUAAUUUCAAACAUUGACGUCCAUCCAUGUUCCUCUUCGUUUACCUCCACCAUAAAACUACGUUCAAGUUGUUCAUUGUUUAUCACAGCUACCACACCUUGUUGCUGCAUAAUCCGAGGAGGAAGGAGUCUGCGUGACAGUGGUCUAUUCAGUCACGAUGACUGCCUGGUAAAUAGAAAUAAGCUCAUCUUCGUCCGGCUCCGACAGCUACAGAAGACUUACGGGAUUGCGUUGGGGGCAGUCGUUGCAUUCUGCUUGACUAAGAGCGGCACGACGGCCUACGAUCUAAGAUCGAAGAACCUUUCCGUGUACUACGUAGAUGAAGUUUUCUCACGUUUUGCCGAGCACGUCCUUGAAGGAUGAAUUUAAUCAAGAUAGGUAGAACAGGUUCGAUUGACGACAGGUACACAGAUGGUGUUCAUCUCACAGAUGCCAUAGAUUUCUCAAUGAAUAUCGAUUCCAGGAGGG